AUGUAUAAACUAGGUCGUUUAAUACCAAGUUCAAUUAACUUUGUACAUACGGAUACAAUGUAUAAAUUGGAAAAUGUUUACCAUCUUGGCAGAGAAAAUAAUUUAUCUUCGUGUAUUGAAAUGUCAAGUGAAUGUAUUUCCAAUGAAUUAAAUGAACGUGAUAAAAGUCUUCUUAAAGAGCUUGGUCAAUUGGACGAUAAUAUAUCAUUCCUUUUAAACAUGUUUAAAAGUUACCAUCCAAAGAAUAAGUCCAAUGUUUGUGAUGCUCAAAAUGCAUCAAAAUCUGACUUUAUUUCUGAGCUUCGUCAGUUAACAUAUCAUAUUUCAAAUCUUUCAAAUCAUUAUAAAACAAAUCUUUUUAAAGAUGUACAACACGACAUUUUCAAAGAACUAAGUAAAUUAGACUUAGAGUUAGAUGAUAUUUUGAGUAUGUUUACAAAUUAUUGUCAUCUUCAACAUAUCAAUAGCAAAAUGACAAACAGUACUCCAACACCUUCAAAUAAAUCUAUUACUGUUCUUAAAGAACCUUUCACGCUUAUUAUUCAGUGUAAUCCAAAUAGUCCUCCAUUAUCGGUAUUAUUGUUUUGUCACAUACUACUUAGUAACCAAUAUAAAGUAACAAUUAACUCAUUUGUACAUUCAACAGUAAAAGAGCUUCCUACAUCACUCAAAAAGUUAAUGGAAAUCCUUUCAAUUGAUAUGCAUGGUUCUUCAAGUAAUAACACAUGUUACUGGCAAAUUGACACAAAACUGUGUCUACAUUUUAUAUGGAAUUCAAGCUGUCCUGAUAUUACUGUUUCAUCCCUUGAUAAAUCUAUUACACCAAUAACGUUGUAUGGAGAAUGUAUGCUUGUACAAUUGAUUGGAAAAAUUCUAGAACCUCACAAUUUCGACCAACUCUCAUCACUUAUUAUUACUAUAGACUCAAGUUUACUAUUACUCGGAUUAUCGAUACGUAACGCUUCCCUAGAUGUAAAACAAAAGUCAUUAAAUAUUUUAAAUAACCACCCAUAUUUUGUGAAGUUCAAUCGUGAACUGCCAUCAAUCGUUGAUUGUUAUCUAUUUGUUUGUAUUAAGGAAUUGAAACUGUCAGAUGUAUUGCCAGCUAAUCUGAAAUCAUGGUUGCAGUUUUGUUCUAAAUGGAAAAGCUUUAAUUUGUUACCACUUUAA